CUGCGGGUUUUAUAGUGGGAAAUACUGCGCGUACAUGACCAGCGAACAAAGACGAGUUAAGGCAUAAGCACUACUGUUCGCACAUUCCCCAAAACUGCUCAUCGUCCGCGCCAAAAACAGGGAUGGCAAUUGUCUCAACUGCAGACUCGGGGGUGGUGCUGGGGAAAAAGCAAAAAGCAAGCAAAACAGGGGAUAUUCAGGCCUGGUUUCUGCCUUGUGGUGUGUGGGAGAUUUUUGUGGCUAUACCACCUUGAACGGCCAAGAGCUGAGGAUGGUAUAAGCAGCCACGGCCUGAUUCCAUGUCCUUUGGAGUCCUGAGUACUUUGGUGGUCUCGCUGCCCUGGUGCCUCACAGCCUCCUUGCCGACACACUGUUCCCUUUUCCCCUCUCGCUGCUGAUGAAUCCAGACCCCAUUUUGUCGUGCACCCUUUUCAGUUCGAAAUGAAAAAAUCGUUUCAUGCUGCAAAUCACAGUGCACCGUAUGUUCUCCACACACCAGACUCUGCAGUUGCAGUCAGUCCCAACGCAGUGUCCAGAACAACCGCCAGCGAUACUUCGGCACCUGCCAAGGGUCGAUUGAUGGCUGGCCCACUGACCGAACACCGCCGGUGAUAAUUGCCAGACUUGUCGAUUAGCGCGGUACAAGGCCGACCUUCGGAAUCUGAUGCGAAGCCCCCGGAUUUGAACGUGGAUGGCGCUGAUAGGGUCAAAGGGCCACCACCACCUCGUCCUGAAGUACCGGAGACCGGUCGUCCGCAAGGCUGAGCGAAGGGU